GACCGCAAACAAGAACGCAAUGGUAACCGUUCGUACUGUGCCUACUUGGAUGCAAAUGUUCAAAAUAUUCCAGUUGUACGAGAGGUAGAAAGGUACUUCACAAACGUUUAAUGUAACGCAGGCGAGAUGGGAUUUGGUUAAUUGCUGGAAGUGAUACGUUGUGUUCAGUUGUGAAUCUGCUGUUGUAAAUAUAUGAAAUCGAACAAGGACAUUGAAGUUUCCUAGUGUUGUGUGUGACUUGAAGACGUAAGAUGCAGUGGCAUAACAGGACGCUGGACUACAGGUUUGUCCAGAUGAUUGGGACUGUUGUCACAUUGCUUCUCCUAGUGGUCACAGUAGCACCACAAGAGAGGCCGUCUAUCAAUGAUGUGGACCCAAAAAGGCCAAUAGGAAGUGACUGGUCAGUGAGAAAUCCCUAUCAGGUGGAGAAUAACGUCAUUAUCAAUGAAGCGACUUACUUUGUGGUAGCUAGUCGCAUGGUGAGACCAGGCAUUGUGUACCGUGUCUCAGUGAUGGUACUUCAGGCGCCAUUGCCACUGACUGUCAGAGUUGCUAUCCAGAGGAAUGGUGUAGAGAUCAGUGGGGAGAGUCAAGACGUCAAGGAAGGUAUCCCAGAGACUAUCAUUUUGAGGAUUCCAACUACGAGCGUUACUGGGAAAUAUAAGUUGCGUGUAGAGGGCAGCUAUGACAGACUCAUGGGCGGAAUCGCAUUUGUCAAUGAGACAUACCUUACGUUCUCACAGCGAUCCAUGACUAUCUUCAUACAGACUGACAAACCGGUGUACAUGCAGGGAGAAACAGUUCGCUUUCGCACAAUUCCCAUCAACACAGAGCUACGUGCUUUUGAUGACGCUGUGGAUGUGUACAUGUUGGAUCCAAACAGACAUAUCAUGAGGAGGUGGCUCUCCCGACAGUCAAACUUUGGCACUGUGAGCUUGAGUUACCAGCUUUCGGACCAACCUGUGUUUGGGGAGUGGAUCAUCCAAAUCAUUGCACAGGGACAGAUUGAAGAAGCAACUUUCUUGGUGGAGGAAUACUACCAGACUAGGUUUGAGGUGAAUGUCACAAUGCCCGCAUUCUUCUUCGAUACGGAUAGGUACCUGUAUGGCACAGUGAUGGCCAAUUACACUAGUGGAGCUCCAGUCCAUGGGAACCUCACACUCAAAGCCACUAUCCGACCUAUCAAACCAGCAUAUCGAAAUAUGGAUCGCAAUCCUGUUGUGGAAAAGUACUUCAACUUUGAUGAAAAGUAUCCUUUCUGGUUCCCUUCUUUCCAAAGUGAUAGACAGUGGGAUCCGAUACCCCACCUGAAAUACUUCUAUGGAGUAUACCAUUUCCAGUACCCAAUUGCAGAGCUGGAACAGUUUGUGCCAACACUAGAAGGAAUGGAGGUGACUGUAACGGCCACAGUUGGUGACCAGUUUCUUGAUGAGGUCAUAGAAGGUUACUCUACAGCCCAAAUAUUUAACUCCUCCAUCAAGGUGGCUUUCCUCGGGGGGUCUCCGCAGGUUUUCAAGCCAUCCAUGCCCUUCUACUGCUAUGUUGCAGUGUCAUUCCAAGAUGGGUCACCUCUUCCCCUUGAACGCUUAUUACAUAGUAGGUUGGAGAUAAGGUCAGAAGUUGCUACUCGUUCUGGUGGCCGCAGAAGCCUCGAUUAUCAGGAACUUAAAAUGUCCACUGAAAAAAUGGGAGUUUGGGAGAUGAAAGUGGACUUGAGAACUCAACUUGGUUAUGAUGAAAACCGGCGAGCCCGGGAGCUUCUGAAUGACAUCCAGUCGAUGCGAAUCACGGCUGAUUAUUCUGACGGCAUGGGUGAACGAACAUCUUCAACCAUGUUGCUCUUGUCUCACUUCUCACCUACAAACCAUCACAUCAAAGUAUCAACAUCAACUCGAGAUGCAAAGGUUGGGGAGUACAUCAUCCUACAUGUGCAGAGCAACUUCUAUAUGGAGGUAUUCAACUUUAUCGUCAUGUCAAAAGGCAUUAUCCUGCUCUGUGGAGAGGAAAAGAUGCAGACCACGAUACGGACAUUUGCCGUUACCCUGAGUGCCGAGAUGGCACCUGUUGCGACUGUUCUGGUGUAUCAUGUGGGGCGAUAUGGGGAUAUCAUUGCAGACAGUUUGACUUUCCCCGUCAACGGCAUCUCGCGCAACAAUUUCACCGUGUACAUCAACAACCGGAAAGCGAGAACGGGAGAGAAGGUUGAAGUUGCGAUAUAUGGAGAACCUGGUGCGUACGUUGGACUGUCUGGUAUUGAUCGUGCUUUCUAUACAAUGCAGGCUGGAAAUGAGCUCACAUAUGCUAAGGUCAUAACCAAGAUGGGCACAUAUGAUGAACCGACUAAUGGCACAUUCAUACACAAAUGGUUCUCUCAUGAGGGCAACCCAGAUGAGAUUGUGUACUUCCCUUCAUCCACGUAUGGCAUAGAUGCUAACCGCACGUUUGAGUUUGCGGGCCUUGUAGUGUUCAGUGAUGUGCUGGUGCCCCGUCGAGCAGACUACUGUAACGUGACACAAGGAUUGCAGGAGUGCCUAGAUGGUCGUUGCUACAGGAGUAACAAAAAGUGUGAUGGAAUUUUUGACUGUGAAGAUGGGACUGAUGAAGCUAAUUGUGGAUACUAUAAUGAAACAAGAUUAACGCUGUUCCGCAAAUUCCGCUUCAAUCGAAUCAAGCGCCAAUAUGAAAAUGUAUGGCUUUGGAAGGAUGUGAACAUUGGUCCUCACGGACGCUACAUCUUCACUGUUCCCGUACCUGAACGUCCUGCCCACUGGAUGGUGUCUGCUUUCAGUGUGAGCCCAACCAUGGGCUUCGGAAUGCUUCCUAAAUCAAUUGAGUAUGUUGGGGUGCUACCUUUCUUUAUUAAUGUGGAGAUGCCCAUGGUGAGCCGGCAGGGAGAACAAGUGGGGAUCCGAGUUACUGUCUUCAAUUAUAUGCCAUCGCCAAUUGAGGCUACAGUGGUGCUGGCAGGAUCUCCGGACUACAAGUUUGUUCAUGUUGGAAUGAAUGGAAUUGUGAGGUCAUACAACCCAGAUACAUCAUUUGGAGAGCACCAGUUUUUCAUCUACAUCAACGCACAGAAUGCAGAAAUAGUUCAUGUCCCAAUUGUUCCGACGCGGCUUGGUGAUAUACACGUUACUAUCCAUGCAGUAACACUCAUUGGCAAGGACACAGUUACCAGGAAACUACAUGUGGAGGCUGAUGGGUUGCCGCAGUACAGACAUCAGUCUAUUCUCCUGGAUCUCAGCAACCGUGCAUAUGUGUUCCAAUACCUGCAUGUGAAUGUGACAGAGACGCCUAUCAUACCAUACGAUGAAAAUCGUUACUACAUCUAUGGAUCAAACAAGGCAUUCGUGUCUAUUGUUGGUGAUGUUGUUGGCCCAAUUUUCCCUACGAUGCCCGUUAAUGCUACUUCACUUCUUAACCUGCCCAUGGACAGUGCUGAGCAGACCGUGUUUAGCUUUGCAGCGAACAUGAUGACGACGAUGUACAUGCGCCUCAUCAACCAGCGCAACAGAACGCAGGAGAAACAUUCUUUCUACCACAUGAACAUUGGCUACCAGCGUGCACUCUCCUUCAUGAAGAAAGAUGGGUCUUUCAGUCUCUUCAGGAGCGACUGGAACCAGUCAGCAUCAAGUGUUUGGUUGACAUCAUUUGUUGCUCAAAUGUUCCAGGAAGCAAGUUUCUACGAAUGGGAGAAUUUCAUUUACAUCGAUCCUGAGGUGAUCUCGAAAGCUGUGUCAUGGGUGCUGAGGCAUCAGACGUGGGAUGGAGCUUUCUAUGAGGUGACGUGGUUAGCAGAUCGUAAGAUGAAUGACUCUCUGCUGUGGCCCAAUGAUCAUGUGAAGUACCGCAACAUCUCCCUCACAGCACACGUUCUGAUCAUGCUGGAAACAGUCAAAGAUUUAACAGGGGGCUUAGGGUCACAAGUUGCAACAGCCCAGAACAAGGCGAUCAUGUGGCUGGAGCGAAAUUUAAAGCUUCUGGAUGAACAUGGAGAACCAUUUGAAGUAGCUAUUGUUGCUUACGCACUACUUCUGAGUAAAGCAUCGAUAGCAGAAACUGCAUUUGGCAUCCUUGCAAAACAUGCUCGACGAGAAGGUGGAUUAAUGUACUGGGCUAAAGAAGCCGUGCCUCCACCACCAUACAAAAUGGAGAACCAAAAGCCGUUCUCUUUGCCGAGACUUCCAUAUAAAUAUGACUCUACCAACAUCCAGGCCACAUCAUAUGCUCUGCUGACGUAUGUGGCUCGACAGGAAUUGAUGAUUGACCCCAUUGUCAAAUGGCUCAACUCCCAGCGGCUUACGGAUGGAGGAUGGGCAUCCACGCAGGACACAGCAGUGGCAAUGAGGGCGCUGAUUGAGUAUACAGUGAGACAGAGAAUUCGUGAUGUGUCAUCUUUGUCUGUGACUGUCGAAGCGACAUCGCUUCAGGGCCACGUCAGGAACCUGUACGUUAAUGAGAGGAAUCUUGCCCAACUCCAGAAAAUAGAGAUUCCUGAGGCGUGGGGCACAGUGAAAGUGCAGGCAAAGGGAGCUGGCUAUGCUAUCCUGCAGAUGUCAGUGCAGUACAACGUGGACAGCUUUCAGUUCCAGACACAACCCCCAGUGCAGGCUUUCUCCUUGCAUACAAGAGCUAACUUCCACGGCAGGAAUCAUUCGCACAUCACAUAUCGCUGCUGCCAGAGGUGGACGAAUCUGAAUGAGUCUGUGAGGUCAGGACUGGCUGUGCUGGAUGUUACCAUUCCUACAGGCUACAUCGUGCAGCAGCAAGAUCUUGAUGCUUAUAUUCGGUCAAGACAAGUCCGUAACUUGCAACGUGCUCGAUUCCAGGAGCGCAAAGUUCUCUUCUAUUUUGACUUUCUGGAUAUGAGGGACACGUGUGUCAACUUCACAAUAGAGCGGUGGUACCCAGUCGCCAAUAUGUCUCGGUACCUCCCGAUUAGAGUGUACGAUUAUUAUGCACCAGAACGUUUCAACGAGACCAUCUUUGACUCGCUAAGCACAUACAUUCUGAACAUCUGUGAGGUUUGUGGGAGCAGUCAGUGUCCAUACUGUCCGAUCUACAACCUAGCCACUGCCCUCCCAGUUCCUCUUGCUGUGAUACUGGUGACCUGUCUCAUCACAAUAUGUGGCACACGCUCCGUCUCCUUGUAACACGUGAUGAAUAGCUAGCAUCGUGGGACUUAACACAUGAGUGUUGUGUUGGUAAUGUAGUUGUGUGCAGGAUGGCAGGCAACAGGGAAAGCGGAGGUAACUUGUACAGAGCCCAAAAUAAUUAGUCACUAGCACAGGAAAAGUCAGCAUAUAUAUGUGUUUGUGUAUUAAAAGAAAAAGGAAAUGGGAAGUUAGAAAGAACUGAUGGAAGAAAGUCGGAAAAGUAGCAAGGCAAGACGUAACCCCAUUGUGAUGUUAUACCUAUGAUUCUCACAGAUGUGUCUGAAGAGUUUUGUCUUCUGGUUGUAAUGCUGUGUGGUUCAGAUGUAGCCCAGUGUGUCAGAGAAACAUUUGGUUCAGUCCAAACAGCGCAGAAGGCUGUACUUAUCAUUCUCUCAAUACAAUUUUCCUUUAUGUCAUGUUUGUAUAAUCACCUGUCCUGAUACUGGAUGCUACUAUUUAUAUUAGACUUUCAUGUAAGUUUGGCAUUGAUGAAGAAUAGAGUGAGGAUGGUUCAUUAGUAGAGUUAGGAACUUCAGGCGGGACAGAUGAGCUGAUUUCCCAAGCACCAUGUACAGAUUGACUGCUCACAGCACCCACCCAGCUUUCUCUUCAGUUGGAAGCGAAAGAUUUUUGGGAAUAAAGCAACCAGAAUAUUAAGCUGAAUACUCCAUGUAGUUCCCCGGUUAAGAGUGCCCAAAAUUUAAUUCCUUGUAGAGGAAUUAGAAUUUUUUCUCUUGUGCCAGAUGCAGAGCAGAUCCAGGGCCCAUCAGUAUCUUGCCAAAUGAAUACUUGGGAUAAGACAGCCAGAGCAUAUAGCUAGUUGUUUUGCCACCCUUCUUCUUUAUAGUUGGUUAUUUCACAACACUGUUAGUGUGAUACUGCAUAGGAAUGGAUGAUAGGACAGUUAAUGAAUGUGGAGCAGUUGGUGGAAUGAUAAUUGGCAGGAGAAAGUGAAGGACUUGGAGAAAACUUGCCCCAGUGCCUCUUUUUCCGUCACAGAUCUGAUAUGACCUGGGAUUGAACCUGUGCUACCAUGGUGGGAAGGCAUGGCACAGCUGAUAAUGUGUUGGUAGACAUUUACAUAACCUUCAUGUACGUACAGUGGGCUGUGCAUGUAAAGCAGUUAAGAAUGGAUGGCGCUUUUCCUCCAUGCUUCAUAUAUGUCUUCAUGGUAUGGAACUUGCUCACAGGAGUGUCUUUUGUCUUUGUCUAUUUUAGAGCUGUUACUCAAGCAGCCGUUCAUAAGUAUAUCACUUUAAGCUUUGUUAAUGGGACAUAAACUUCAGAUUUAAAACCUGUCGGUGAUCUACUUUUCAUAUUUAUAUAUUGUUUUUAAUUUGAGGAGUGAUGGUUGAUGGUACAGUUGGGGAAACAAUAGAAAUGGGUACUGUAUACAAGAAUGUAAUACUCCUAUAAGAAACUCUAUGCAUAUAAAAGCAUUUUGGGCAGGGGAGGCCUUGAUAUUCAGGGGGCUUUGGAAUGCAAUAAACACAUGCUCAUGUAUUUUUGUACAAAGUGACACAGGUUGUGAUGUAUGUACAUCUGUGGAACAAAAUAAAAGAACAGUAUUUUUACUUAUGAAAGUCUGAAUGUAUGAUGUUUUGUAUUUAAAAAUAGUUGGAUAUGUCUGUAGAGUUAAAGGAUUUUUAUCAGUUGACUGAAAAAGUGCAUGUUAAGGUGCAUAAAGUAAUGAGCAUGAUUAGAAUGUUUUCCUCCAUAAGGUUCAGUUUCCAUUAUCAUAAGUUAAUAAUCUGAGCUUUAAAUUGCUUCUGGUUAGAUUUAGCUCUGUUCAGUGUUCAAAUAAACCCCCCACCCACCCAGAAAGAUCCUAAAUAAGGAUUUCUGUAUUCUGUUUUUCUUGAUGGGACAGUGAACCUAAUUUUUCUUACCUGUUUGCAGAUUUUGACAUGAAAUGUUUAGAUGUUCUUUUUUUGGUCUUCAUGUGGAAUAAGGGAAGUGCUCACCGCAUAUAUGCACUACAGUUUUCUCAUUCCAAUGCCAGUGACUGCAAAGAUCAGGCUAAUUCAGACUUGUGACAUUGUGUGGUUAGGUAGAUAGGUACUAGCAUUUUGCAGAAAUCUGUUGACCCUAUCGUCUACCUUGAAGAUGGGACAGCAGGUUUCUCUUAAAUGUUGUUACCUCUGUACUGAACUACACAGUAUCACAUUCCAGAAGACAUCUUCAGCUAAAGUUUGAUAUGUUGAAGUAUCUUGCAGUAAAGAUCUUAUGCGGGUUUGAAAUGAAGCCUUCUUGAUGUCACUGAAGGGUCCACUUUUCCUGUUGCCUCAUAAAUAAUAGACAUUGACUUGAAGAAAUAAGAUUUUGGGUGGAGUAGCUCUUAAAUCUUAAGGUACCAACUGUGCAUUAAUUAAUUAGUUACUGGUAAUGUGACACAUGUAGGUAGGUUUAACUUAUUAUUAUGGUGAAUCUCUGCAGUGAUGCUGCACAUGUUAAGCACAACCAAACAAUUGAAAUUGGCAGCAGUGAUACAAAUUCUUUAUGCCCUCAAGAGGAUCACAGUGAAUUGAAUGCAAGAAGGGAAUAUUGUUUGCAUGUACAGUUUUUUUUUUAAUUGAAAGUGUGAAAUACAAGAAGAACGUGUUUGUGUCAACUGUUUCAGGGGUUACUCAAAACUCAGUUACUGUUCCCUAAAAUAUGUUGUUAUUGCAGUCAGAAAACUGCUACAGACUAUUCCAUAUGGUGCUGCAGUCUUCUGAGAAGCAUGUAAGCUAAGUGAAAUACUUUUCACACAGCCUGGAAAAACAUGCAUGAUACAAAUGUAGUAGUAUGCUGAACCUGGAAGUUUCCUGGGCUAUGCAAAGUAUGAACACUGAUUCGCAGAAAGGUUCUGAGAAAAAUACUGAAGUUUGGUAACUUUGUGUUUUAUUAGAGAGUUCGCUGUUAUAUUUUUUCAUGAUACUAUAUUGCUUUGAAUAUAAGAUGCACAUUUUACACAUUUUUUCUUGUUGAAAAAUCGAGGGGAGUCUUAAAUUUGAGGAAUGUUCGGCUUUAUAAUUUUUUUUUACUAAAAACCACGUUCAAAAACUGGAUGCAACUUAAAUUUGAGGGUGUUUUAUAUUUGAAGUAAUAUGGUGUAUCUUACAGGAAACAAUUGAUGCAUGUGUACU